AUGGGGGUUGAUGUGGUUUUGGUAAAUGAGAAGACUGUGUAUUUCUUUUGUACUGGUGAGUUGAUGCUACUGAUACUACAAAUGGUUGGUGCCUCACUUCCUGCUCGAAGUGCUCAAGAAAUCUUCAAGGUGGAUUCACAUCGUUCACAUGUUGAGCUUACCAUCACGAAGCAGUUGGGGUCCUUAUAUGAUCAAUCCUACAACGCAACAACAAGAUAUUUAGGCUGCCUAUGUGAAGCAGUAAUUUACCAACCACAGUUAUGCGUUGACCAUGUUGUUCUUUUCACGUACAUGUCCAGUUCUCAGUUCCUGAUGGAGCAGAAAAUGCUAUCUUUGUGGCAUUUGAUGGAGAGAUGA